UAUUAUUGGACUUUGGGAGCUUUGAAGGUCAGUAAGGUUUAAAGGUCAUAUAAACGUGUUGGGAUUUCCUGGCCUUAUGCUAGAGUUUCAGUCAUCAGGGCACCAUAUGGGAUCUGUCCUAUUAGAAGGUCAUAUUGUUGAUAAUGAACAGUAUACCGGAGAUACUUUGACCUUACUCGAUGAACCGAUUCGAGAUACGAUCUUUAGAUCAGCCCGUGCUGUUGGUCAAAAGUUUGCAUACGUUCUGGUCCCACGCCAGGGACAGGGGUUGUUGAAAGAAUGGGAUCUGUGGGGCCCAUUGGUGUUGUGUCUGAUCAUGUCUGCGCUCUUGCAUAGCAGCUCAAACUUAGAAAGUUCCGGACAUGGUGGACCUGAAUUCGCUCAAGUCUUCGUCAUUUUCUGGUUGGGUUCAGCAAUAGUGACUUUGAAUUCUAAAUUACUUGGUGGUGCAGUGUCAUUCCUACAAACCGUAUGUGUUUUGGGGUAUUGUAUUUUACCUCUUGUUAUUGGCUUGGUUAUAUGUCGACUGCUUUUGCUCACAAGUUCUAACUCUCUAUUUGUUUUUAUUAUACGAUUAUUGAUCGUUAUUUCUGGGUUAGUUUAUUCAUCGUAUGCAUCUUUUAUCUUUGUUCAUCCUACACUGCCGAAAAAUCGUGUUGCUUUAUCCGUAUAUCCAAUAGUUUUAUUCUAUGUAUUUCUUUCGUGGCUUGUAAUAUCAGCUGCCUAAUAUUUUGGGAUUAUAAUCUUCAUUUGAUUUUGUAGUUUUUCUAGCAUUUUUUGUUUCUGUUGAACAACAUCUAUUGUGAUAUUAUCGAUUAAAAAUAUAUUUCUGUGUAUAUGAAUUUCUUUAUUGAUUUCUUAAAAUUCUUAUUCUUAUGCAAUCUAUCUUUUAUGGUGUUCUGUGAACUUUUGGACUAACCACUUGUUAAACUAACUCAUCAGCUAUUCUUUUACAUUUAUCUGAAUACAAAUAUGUAUUAGUAUUUUCUGUGUGCAAAAAAUGGCGUUUUUAAAAUUAUUUUUGUAGUUUUCAGUGUUUCAUUAAUCGUAGUUGA